UGUAAGGGAACAGGACUGUUGUAAGUAUAGGGUUGCUAUGAUGUGUUAGAGGUCUAGAAACCUCAGGAGGUGGAAAGGGUGGCUCCAAGGAAGUGAGAUGCCCCCACAGCUGAGACUUGGGGAUGGUGCGGGGCAGAGCGGUGGCUACGUUUAAGAGGGAGUGGCUGUGCGCUGGCCUCUACCCUCGGGUCGGUGAGUGUGCCGUGGGAGGGACGACCAGCAGGUGAGAGGUUAGUUAGGGAGAGGAGGUGAAAGACAAUGGGGCGGGGGCUGUGCGAGCGUCAGGUGAGAUUAGUGACCUAUUUUUGGAACUCCGAGGGGUUUGGGACACGUGGCGUUGGGGAAGACCCCUAUAGACAUCCCGGAAGUCCCCCUGAGCUCUAUUGCAAGGCUCGGUCCCCGGGGGAAGGCCCUCGGGUUGGAAGCCCCCAACCCUCCAACCCCCGCUAGGGCGGGACGCGAUCGGAUGCGGUGGCUCCGGGGCGUGGCCCCACGGCUGCUCCAAUCACCACCUAGCCGAGUGAUGGGGGCGUGGUCGGACCCUGGAAAAGUUACAGGGGAUUCCGCAGGCGUAGUGGGCUGGGGAAGCCGAGGACCGGUUCUUGUCGCGAGGUCUGUUCGCAGUCCCCACAGCAGUCCUCGCAGCUGGCAUUGGAUGAGUCCGGGCUGAGAGCGCAGGGGUCCAAGAAACUGAACCGGACCUAGCCCGCCCACCAGGCCAUGGAUCCCUGGGGGCUCCUCGUGACCAGCGUCUCCUUCGCCGCCUUCCGGGGGCUGCACUGGGCGCUGCAGCUGCUGCCCACGCCGGGAUCUGCUGCCCAGGACCGUUGGAAGUGGCGGAACAUCUGUGUCUCCCUGGUGCACAGCCUGCUCACAGGGGUCGGGGCGCUGCUCGGGCUGUUGCUGUAUCCUCAGAUGGCUGCCGACCCGAUUCACGGCCACCCGCCCUGGGCCCUGGUGCUGGUGGCUGUGUCGGUGGGUUAUUUCUUGGCGGAUGGACUUGACAUGCUGUGGAACGAGACCUUGGGCCAGGCCUGGGAACUUAUUUGUCAUCAUUUGGUGGUAGUGAGCUGCCUCAGCACUGCCAUUCUGUCCAGCCACUAUGUGGGCCUCUCUGUGGUGUCUCUGCUCCUGGAGUUGAACUCUGCCUGCCUGCACCUACGAAAAUUGUUGCUGCUUUCUCACCAGGCCCCAUCCCUGGCCUUCAGUGUGGCCAGCUGGGCCACUCUGGCCACCCUGGCCCUCUUCCGCCUAGUGCCUCUGGGGUGGAUGAGUAUAUGGCUGAUCCGACAGCAACACCAAGUGCCCCCUCCUCUGGUCAUCCUUGGUGGAACUGGGCUGGUCACUGUGGGUGCCAUAAGCAUUGCACUGGGUAUCCGUAUUUUGGUCAGUGAUGUCCUGCGGUCUCGGCCCCACUCACCCAUCCCUGGGCACAAGGAAACCAGAGGCACAAGGGGAUGUUGUGAUGGUGAGCUUGUCACCAGGGAGGAUUCCACUCUCAGCCUGCAAGACUAGAGAGAGGCCAAGGCUCCCCUUCUGCCAGUCCUGAGGGAGGCAGGGCCAGGAAAAGGAGAUUGUGGUCUACAGUGCACAGUCCCUCAAAGGGUUAAGGACUGGACUGAAUUUUCAGUAUCUCAGCCCCUCUUUCCAAGUAACCCACUCCCCCCCCCCCCAUUCCUAGAAUUGGAGAAGUGCUGAUGUUCUUGGAUGGGUGGGAAACUGGGCUAUUGUUCAGUGAAUUCCAUCAUCAGAUGACUGCUUCUUCCAGCAAACUAGCUCAAGAGGGAUAGCCAGUGCUACCAGUAAGGGGUGACAGGAGGCGUGAAGUUAAAUGAAACUGCUAAUGGCAUCCUUUACCUUAAACACAGGAACAGAUGAAGAAAGGUGAAGUCCUAUUAGGACCAGAGAGAUCUGAUGGGGAGGGGGUGGGUUCAGAGGGAAGAGAGGCCUCACCGAUGACCAAAUUCUAGCAGUGGGAGGAGGCCAUAACAGGUGCUAUCUGUAGCCAGUAGGGAUGGACAUAAUAGUUGCCAAGAAACAGAAGAACUGGACCACUACAAUUGCUGCUGAUAUUUCUGGUUCUCAAAGCCAUACUACUGUGUUUAUACUACUGCCUUUUACAUUUUUUAAAAGUCCGAUAUCUGCCUUUUAAAAUUUCUUACUGUCUUUCAAAGAAAAUGCAGAUUCUUAAAGGAAUGAACUAGGUCUGCCUUCUUAGAACAAUAUUGAAGUCCAGAGCCAUAACAGGAACUCAAACAUUCAUUCUGGGUGCCAAGUGUAGCGUUUUCCAUUGGCCUUUUGUGGAAGAAGAAAGGCAGAGACCGAGGUAGAUGAGGGAAGGCUUCCACUUGGCGGCAGAAGGAUUAAGGAAUAUCUGACUCUCUUCUGGGAUUCAUUUGCAAGCUCUCCAUCUCCUUUCUCCCUUGCCACUUUUUUUUUUUUUUUCGAGGGGUGGGGCAGUGGGAGAGAAUCUUAAGCAGGCUCCAUGCCCCACACUGAGAUUGUGACCUGAGCCGAAAUUGAGAGCCAGAUGCUCAACUGACUAGCCACCCAGGUGCCCUGCUCCCCAAAGACUUCUGCCUUUUUUUUUUUUUUUUUGGUCCCCUAUAUCACAAAAUCUCUCCUUCAGGCAGAACAGCCAAGUUAUGGGAAAUGUAAAGCAGAUUAAGAUUACUAUUCUAAACAAUGGACAGAAGGAGAUAACCCUUAUUACCCACAGAAAAGAUAGAGGAGCAAAAGCAAGAAACAGGAAGAGUAAAACAAACAAACAAAAAAAUUCUGCCCAAAAGCUGAGCUAGAGAAAGACAAAUGGGAUGAUGGGAACAGGUAUACAUAGAUUGAGGGAUGGAUAGAAAGAAAGAGAAGGUCACCUGAAUAGAAGAGACAAAGCUGAAGAGAGCUGGAGAGCAAGACAUGGAACCUUUGGUAGAGAUGUUGAGAAAGUCUGUCAUGGAUGCUGACAGGAACUAAAGUCACAGAACUGGUAAAAUGGUCAUAAACAAAGAGAAUAAGAAAACUAGAAAUAAAAGCUGACAGGAAGGGACCCCAAGGGGGCAAGGCACAGAUGGUCUAGGCAGAGAAACAGUGAGUGACAAGGAGGAACGUCCAGACUCAGGAGAGAUGUAGGUAAGAGGGGCAUUUAGAGAAGUUGGCAGAGAGAAAAGAGAGGGAGAAAUAGAGAUGAGGGGACUUAGAGGAGCUGAGGAGCAGGACAGGGAGGGGAGGAGGCACUCAAUGGAAAGAUUCACUGACAGAAAAAGAAAGUAGAAACUAUGUUGAGUUGGAGACAGGCAGGAAGACAAAGGACAAACAGCUACAGUGCAAAACACAAAGACAGAGACUGACAGGAACUGAUAGGCAGAGACUGGUAGGAAAAUCAAGAGAAGUCAGAAUCAGGGAUGUAAAUUGAGAUAGAAGAAUAGGAAAAGGGACUGAGGAGAACCACAGAGGGGGAAACAAGUUGGGGGGAGGCGCAAAUGAUUAAAUAAGCAUCCAAAGGAAGGGGGCACCUGGCUGGCUCAGUCAUAGAGCAUGUGUGAUCUCAGGGUUGUGAGUUUGAGCCCCACGUUGGGUGUAGAGAUUACUUUAAAAAUCUGAAAACAAAACAAAAACAGACCCCAAACAGAUAAAAACAUACAAAAGAAGGAACAAAGAAAAGGAAGAAACAGAUGAAGAGAGGAAGAUAGAGGGAAAAAAUGAGGGAGGAAUUGUGAGAGGUGCCCAUCAUAGAGUCAAAGUACAAAGGGAAGAGUAACAAAUAGAGACUGACAAGAAGUUGCCACAGCAUAGGCAAGAAAUAAGAGCAGAGAUAACACAUGUAAUCAGACAAAAGCCAGAGGCAAAGGUAUAGAAGUUGAGAUAGAGAAACAAAGUAGAAUUCCAUCACAGUGUUUGUCCUUAGUAGAAAUAGUAUCUUCAAAACUCAAUUUGCCAUCUUAGCAGAAUGUCCUGAUGACCAAAAAAACAUUGUCUUGAGUUUUCAAAGAAAGAGAAAUAUGUCAAAUCCAUCGUAGAAAUUUGUUCCCUAGGGGCGCCUGGGUGGCUCAGUCAGUUGAGCGUCUGCCUUCAGCUGGGGUCAUGAUUUCAGGGUCCUGGGAUGGAGUCUGAGUAGGGCUCCCCACUUAGCAGGGAGUCUGCUUCUCCCUCUACCCCUACCACUACCCCUGGCCUUCCACUGCUUGUGUGCACUUGCUUUCUCUCUCUCAAAUAAAAAUCUUUCAAAUAAAU